CCGGUGGGCGCCAUAUUGGAGAGCAACUAUUGUUAUAAAAAGAGACGGGGCUGCUGUUAGCUGAGUUAAUGUUUUCUUUAAGUGUGAUUUAAAAAUAUUAGGCAUUUUCUACGAAGGGUCAUGAAAGAAAUGUCAGCCAGUUCGGGAAAUAAUAUGCUUGGUGGGCAGCAGCCUCAGAAACACUAUGGCAUCACAUCCUCAAUCAGCCUGGCCUUUCCCCGUGAAAUCGAUCACAUGUACACCCAGAAACUCAUAGAGGCCAUGAAACCUUUUGGAGUGUUUGAGGAUGAAGAUGAGCUUAAUCACAGGCUUGCAGUUCUUGGUAAACUGAAUUCAUUUGUUAAAGAGUGGAUUGCAGAGAUCAGUGAAUCAAAGAAUCUGCCACCCUCAGCUGUAGCAAACGUUGGGGGCAAAAUUUUUACCUUUGGGUCUUAUAGACUGGGAGUGCACACAAAAGGUGCUGAUAUAGAUGCCUUGUGUGUGGCACCCCGUCAUGUCGAAAGGAGUGAUUUUUUCACAUCUUUUUUUGAAAAACUCAAACAGCACGAUGAGAUCAAGGAUCUACGGGCUGUAGAAGAUGCAUUUGUACCAGUGAUUAAAUUCAAGUUUGAUGGAAUUGAGAUUGAUCUUCUUUUUGCAAGGCUUGCCCUGCAGUCAAUCCCAGAUAACCUGGACCUUAGAGGAGAUUCGCUGCUCAGAAACCUGGAUAUUAGAUGUAUUCGCAGUUUAAAUGGUUGUCGUGUUACUGAUGAAAUCCUGUACUUGGUGCCCAACAAAGAGAACUUCAGACUUACUCUACGGGCCAUCAAACUGUGGGCUAAGCGUCGUGGGAUUUACUCCAACAUGCUUGGAUUCCUUGGUGGUGUCUCUUGGGCCAUGCUGGUGGCCAGAACCUGUCAACUUUACCCAAAUGCUGUGGCUGCCACACUUGUGCACAAAUUUUUCCUUGUCUUCUCCAAAUGGGAGUGGCCAAACCCUGUGCUUUUAAAGCAACCUGAAGAUAGUAACUUGAAUCUGCCAGUCUGGGAUCCACGGGUAAACCCAUCGGACAGGUACCAUUUGAUGCCGAUUAUCACACCUGCAUAUCCCCAGCAGAAUUCUACCUACAACGUGUCAACCUCCACUCGUACCAUCAUGAGCGAAGAAUUUAAAUAUGGCCUUACAGUUACAGAUGAAAUCCUUCAGGGUAAGGCUGAAUGGUCCAAGUUGUUCGAGCCACCAAACUUUUUUCAAAAAUACAAACAUUACAUUGUGCUUACUGCCAGUGCAUCAACAGAGGAGAACCACCUUGAAUGGGUUGGUUUGGUUGAGUCGAAGAUUAGAGUCCUGGUUGGCAAUUUGGAGCGAAAUGAGUACAUCACUCUUGCUCACGUGAAUCCACAGUCUUUUCCCUGGUCGAAGGAGGGUCGUAGUGAAAAUGACUUCAUUUCGAUGUGGUUCAUUGGAAUAAUUUUCAAAAAGUUGGAGAAUGCUGACUGUGUGAACAUUGAUCUGACUUAUGACAUACAGUCCUUUACAGACACUGUCUACAGGCAAGCCAGUAACAUUAACAUGCUAAAGGAUGGGAUGACCAUCGAAGCCACACAUGUGAGAAAGAAGCAGCUUCAUCAGUACUUGCCUGCUGAGCUCGUGCAAAGAGGCAAGAAGAAGAGCUUGGGAGAUCUGAAUCGCAGUUCAAAUGGUGGUGGGUCUAAGCGCUGUUCACUGGAUGGCAGUCAACUGGACAGUUCCAGAGACACAGAUACAGGAACCCCGUUCAGCUCUCCUACCCCAGUCACCAAAAGCUGCAAGUCAGCCUCCACUCCUGAAGACAGCAUUACCCCACCCAAGCCUUCAGUUCCCAUGUUUGUGGAUAGCUCCCCAUCUCCAUCAUCUCCUCCAAAGAAAGAGCCAGGAAUGUCAAUUCCAGUUAUCGGAGCAAAGACAUCAGUCACUCAGGUGGCCAAGCCCACAGUGCCUGUCACAGGGAGUACGAUUCCAACGGUGGUGGGCCGAAACGUAAUGCCACGCCUGAGCCCUCCCAACACCAGCUCAUCUGACCUGGCCAAUGGUGUUAAUGGAGCUGCACCCAAGAGGCCCCACUCACCUUCACUGGAGGAACCACACAAGAAACUAAAGGACACAGAGCCGCAGGUCUUCUCUGGUGAUUAUACAUUUAAGGAACCAUACCCUCCUUCCUCUAAUGGCCAGGAAACAGUUGAUGACCCAGCAGGGGAUGGUCAUGCUUUUACAAAGCCUAUGCCCAUUCCCACUAUUGAUACAUCAAGGACACAGAGACUGCCCAGUAAAGAACUGCCAGAUGCGUCUUCACCAGUACCUACAAGCAACCUGCGCGUCAUAAAGAACUCAAUCAGACUCACUCUUAACCGAUAGCAAUGAACCCUCCAUAGGUAAUGGUAAAUGGGUCAGCCAUUCCAGGAUUUAUUUUUUUCCCAAACUUAAGUUACCAUCAUUCAGACUGUGCCUGGAGGCUACUUGAGAGAGCCAGGCAACCUGUGGACAGCAUCAAAGCUUUUAAUUACAAGCUGCCACAGGUGCUCGUCUGAUCUUCCUUGAGACAUUAUAAAACAUCAGUAUAUCAGUGAAAAGUAUUAGACUGUUUUUUUUUUUUUUUUUUUUUAAUAUCAAUAUACUGCCUCAAUGUGUCAAAAUACUUGCUAAAUGGACACCAGAACAUGUUUUCAGAUGUAACUUGUACAGUAGAUGUAGUUUGUAUAUAAUGUCUUUAAAGUCAUUGUUAAUCUUUCUAUACCAUUCUGUUGUUUUUACUAACAAAAGAAAAAAGUUUAAAAAAAAAAAAGUUUUUGUGUAAAAGAUUUAUUUUUCCUUUCCCUUUUUUUUUCCCCACUUCUCAGUCUUUUGCUAGGACUUGUCAUGGUUUUGAAUAGUCUUUAACCCAGGACAUUUUUGAAGGCUGAGUAAGAGCUGAGUGGGCCUGCCUCGUCCUAAACAUGACCUAUUUAACAAAAUUGACCCCCUGACCUAGCAUGUGUUUACCGCUUCUGCAACAAAAUGUGAAGGCUAAGGUUAGAUAUACUUUGUAAGGUCAGGAAGGACAGAGCAGGUCAUGUUCAGUUUGUGUUUUUGCUGAAAUGAGUUAUAUUAUUGCAGUAUGAGCUUAGAGUGACGUACAUGUGUCUGUCUGUCUGUCUCUGUCUGAGUGAGUGAAAGAUUUAUUCCCUGACUUUAGGGCUUGACCCCUGCACCUCCCAUGGAGGUUUUGUUGGCAGCCGCAUAUUACUUCCAGCAAAAUGAGAUAAAAAUUUUAUGUGCCGCGUCUCCCCACAAACCACUGCUCCCUCCAUAGAUGUACAGUUUAAAAAAAAAAAAAAAAAAAAAAGUAUUAAAACGAGGCUUGCUACUCAGUUGGGGUUUCUUCACCUUUUAUUUAUUUGCUGAUUUGUACUGAAUAACUUUUAUAUUGCAGGCAUUGCAGUUUGAGAUUUCUUCAAACCUCAAUUCCACCAACAGGUUUUGACAUUUUGUGUUGAACUUGUUUUGGGGGGGAAAUACAAACUAUAUAUAUAUAUACACGUGUCUUUUUUUUCUUUGGUAGGGCAAAAGUUCUAUUUCAAUACGUAUUUUUGUAUAUAAUGUAUUCUGCCUCAUUGAAACUGAGACCAUAAAAAGUUACAAAACCCCAUAACGUCUGCUGUCCUCACUGCA